UCUUGCUUUUUACGUGUCCCCGGUGAAUUAUUGAAAUAAGUUGGUCCAUCUUUUCUUAACUCUGCACUCACUCACCCACUUUUUUCAUUUCCAUCAUCAAUUGAAGUUGAAGAAAAUGAGUUCUUCAGCUAUCAGAUAUGAUGAAGAGAAAGAAGAAAGCUUUGCUUAUGCGAUUCAACUGGCGACGGGUUCAGUGCUACCAAUGACCUUGAAAGCAGCAAUCGAUCUUGACAUUUUUGAAAUAAUUGCAAAAGCUGGUCCUGGUGCAAAGCUCUCUGCUUCAGAGAUUGCAUCUCAGAUGUCCGCUCAGAGCAAAGACGCGCCAAUGAUGGUGGAUCGGAUACUCAGGCUUCUGUCUAGCCAUAGUGUUCUUACAUGCUAUGUGGUUGGUUUGGAGAGACUCUACGGUUUGGCCCCUGUUUCUAAGUAUUUUGUACGUGAUCAAAAUGGUGUGUCAUUGAGCCCCUUAAUGGCUUUAAUCCAGGAUAAGGUCUUCAUGGAUAGCUGGGCACAACUGAAAGAUGCAGUGCUUGAAGGAGGAGUUCCGUUUGAUAGGGUUCAUGGAACGCACGCAUUUGAGUAUCCAGGCCUAGACGCAAGAUUCAAUGAAGUUUUCAACAGUGCAAUGUUCAAUCAUACUACUAUUGUUAUUAAUGAAAUCCUUCAAGUUUACAAGGGAUUUGAGAGCAUCAAGCAGCUGGUGGAUGUGGGCGGUGGUCUUGGAAUUACCCUUAAAGCUAUUACUUCUAGAUACCCCCAUGUUACGGCUAUUAAUUUUGACUUACCUCAUGUUAUUCAACAUGCUCCUCAAUAUCCUGGUAUAGAACAUGUAGGGGGAGAUAUGUUCGAAAGUGUUCCAAAAGGUGAUGCCAUUUUUAUGAAGUGGAUACUUCAUGAUUGGAGUGAUGAACAUUGCUUGAAGUUAUUGAAGAAUUGCUACAAAAGUAUUCCAGUGGAUGGAAAAGUAAUUGUUGUGGAGGGAAUACUACCUGUAAUGGCUGAUACAAAAGUUACAUCGAAGGCAGUUUCCCAAACUGAUGUGGUUAUGAUGACUCAAAAUCCAGGAGGAAAGGAGCGAACAAAACAUGAAUUCAUGGCCUUAGCAACUGAGGCUGGAUUUAGUGGCAUUAGAUACGAAUGCUUUGUUUGUAAUUUCUGGGUUAUGGAAUUUUAUAAAUAGAGAGAGUAAUCUGUUUCUGUAGUUGUAAUAUCCAGUGGGCGAGGAUUCUAUUGUUUAAAUAAAAAUAAUAAUUGUGUGAUUUUUAUGUGCUGUCGCCACAAUUACCCUUUUUCAAUUUUUGGUA